AUGAGCAGCCUGCGGGAGCUGGGGGAGUGGACCCGCCCCAGCCAGGCAGCAGCAGCAGCAGUGCCAGAGGCAUUCCCCUUGGCGGCUGGCGUGCUGGGCCCAGGCGUCCAGGACGUGGCCGCGGCAGUGGCGCUGGCAGAGGGUAUCUACCGGGCAGACGACCACGGCGAGCAGCUGGCAGAGGAGGCCAUCCAGCGGCUGCUGCGCCACCUGCCCGCCGCACCCCGCGUCACCAGCGUGCAGUGGAGCCCGGCGCAGCAGGAGCAGCGGUAUGUGGUGGCGGAUGCCGGCGACGCGCUCGUGGUGGCGUUCCUGGGCACCAAGCGCCCCGCCGACCAUCUGGUGAACCUGCGCCUGCGCCACGCACCCGUCUUCCAGCCCGCCGCCGGCAAGGGCACCAGCAGCGCCGCGGCCGACGCCGGCAGCGGCGGCGUGGGCGCGCCUGCUGCGCACAGCGGCUACCUGCGCCGCGCCGCGGGCAUCCCCGUGGAGCAGCUGUACCGCCUGGCGCGGGUGCAGGGCAAGCGCCUGGUGCUGGCAGGCCACUCUCUGGGCGGCGCCGUGGCCACGCUGUGCACGGUGCGCCUGCUGGACGCGCUGCCCGAGGCGCUGCACCACACGGUCUCCUGCAUCGGCUUUGCCGUGCCGCCGGUGGGCAACGCCCAGCUGGCGGCGGUGGCGCAGGAGUGCGGCUGGGGCCGACGCAUCACCAACUACACGCUGCCAGAAGACUUUGUGCCGGGCCUGAUGGGCCUGUUUGGGCGGCAGGGCGAGGGCGUCGCCGACGCCGCCGACACCGCCGCCAGCAGCGGCGCCCUUGCCCCCGCCGCCCCCAACUCUGGGCAAAACCACGAGCGGGGGCAGCAGCCGCGGCGCAGGGGGCCGCUGCGGCGGCCUGACCUCCUGUUUGGCUUCAUGGUGGCCGCCGUCGUCACGCUGACGUCUGUGGUGCUUGGCGGCGCGGGCGUGCGGCUUCUGGCCGCCAUCGCCACGCUGCCCAGCCACCUGCUGCCGCAGCACAUGCACGUCGGCCGCCAGAUCAGCCUGCCGGCUGGCGCGGUGCCGAGGAGCGCGCCGCCCCACCCGCACGCGCACGACCCGCUGGUGCCCUCCCACGCCACCGGCCGCCUGGCGGCGCACCGAAUGAUCACCUACCGCCUGCGCAUCGCGGCCCUGUACAUCGCCGCCGCCUGA